AUGCUUGUCCUUCUCCUCUCUCUGUUACUGACCGCCUGCCUUCGGGCCACCGCACAAGGGCUUGUCGUUGGCAGGCUGAUCUUGGACGAUAUCAUUUCGACUUGCACGGCUAGCCAACAGGCAGACAUCUCUUUGGCGGCCGAGGAGGCUCACAAACUCACGGAUGCCGCUCAGAACUUUGCUGGCGACGAUCCCUCCUUUACCGCAUACUUUGGCGCUGGGUACUCCGGUCCUGUCUUCGGAAAGCGGUUCGGGCUCGUCUCUUCCAAUCUCCAACGAGCGGGUUCCGUCCUACAGGUUGGCAGUAGCGAGGCGCCUGUCGCGAGGGUGAGGUGCGGCUCAGCGACAGAAUGCCCGGACUCCAGCAUGAUGAGGACCUCGAACAAUGCCGAUGGAAGUGGUACCAUCGUCGUGUGCCCCUUUGCAUUCUUGAAAGGCAACCGCACGCCAAACCUCAGGCACAUUGCUGAACUCGUCCAGUCGGGAACCACAUCGACAGAUUUGGAGGACUUUCGUUCUUGGGAAUAUAUCCUGCUGCACGAAAUCAUGCAUCUCGACAAUGUCGGGUACACCACACCCUACGACACGACUCAAGUUAGUUCGUUCCGCUCGACAACUAACAGCGUGAACCACAGUACGUUGAACGUCUCAAGCGCAGAGCAUGACGACCAGCUAAUCCACGCAGUUGGCGAUGCUCGAGCUUUUCUCGCCGGUCGGGUGCCGGAUCCUGGCUUCAAUGACAAGUUCACGUCGCUCUAUGGACCGACAUUCGUCAAACAGUACGCAAAACAGAACUCCCCUCCUGUCUCCAAGAAACCACCUACACUAGCGCUUGUCAACGCGGACACGUAUGCACUUUUCGCCGCGUCGCGGUUCUUCUCUCAACAGUUUCGUGGGACAAUCACUCGGCGGCAAGUUGACGGGGAUAAUGCGGAUGCCGAUCCUGGCGACCUUGUUGACCUGGGUACUGGCCAGGACCUAGGCGAUCCGGAAGAAGCCUGCAGCGCAAUCUCCCAACCACUGACCGAGGACUGCCAGCAGAUCCAACAAGCAAUGGUGGUGUCCGAUAACAGCCAGGUCAACUAUGGCUCCGCUUGCUACACCAACGGGAACCGCAAAUGGUGUGACGUGUACACCUUUGAGUCCUGUCAAGUUUCCGUGGGCUGGGACACAACAGUGUCGGGCGACAGCGGACCUACUCUUUUCAACAAUUUCCUCGCUGAAGAUUUGGAAGGCGCGGCACUCGGGCCAUCCCUCUGUUCUCCGUUCUUCAAGGACAAUCCCAAAGUGUGCGCGAUACAGCGUGCGCCGGUUAGCACCUGCACGACACCGUACACUUUCUGCGUGAAACGUGUCGGACAGGAUUGUAGACCAGGCGUCAACCCUGAUGUUGUUAUCGCUGGACCGGGUUCACCGCCGCCGAACAAUCUAAUAAACGUGCUAGCUGUUUCGCCUUCAGCAGGUGACGCAUCGAGUGCGAGAUUAACACUCCACUCACCCGAUGCUCACACGAUGACGCUCCACCUGGGCAUGUCGCACGCCCACCACCGAAGCCCUCAACAGCAGCAGCAGAUCAAAGAGGCCAAAAGAGAGCUGAGAGACAGACUGCGCAACGACUGGGACUACCCGCCCUUGCCCGCAUUCCAGACACCCGUACGAAGACGUGAGGUCGCGGGAGAGGAUGAGGACCGAGUUGCCGGCUUCAAGUUCCAUACACCUGCGCACUACCAAACUGGUGUCGCGGCGAAGCCUGGUGAGGCACCGUACCUGUACUUUGAGCCGGUGGAAUGGCGGGAGCGGGAAUACAGCAGCGAGGAGUCCUCGGACAACGAGAGCGUAGCCACGGCCAGCACCGGAGGAAGCGGAGGAAGUAAGAAGAGCAAUUACCGGUUUGAGGGGCCAGACAGCGUAGGCUCGCAGAUUCAGAAUCGUAAGGAUGCCAGGAAACGGAAACGACAGAAAGCCCUGGAUGAAGAGGUGAAGUGGAACGACGGGCUGGCGCAUUGGAUUACAAGACGGGACGCAUGGUGUGCCGCGCAUACAUCCCAGCAGGUGCAGAUACUGGAAAGCAAGAAGAACGAACAGAUCGUAGCGGUAUCAGCAUUAGAAUCUGCCUCCGCUUCUCCAAAUACAACACCGCGAACCUCGACGUCCAGCACUUCAAGCACCUCAGCCGUCAUCUCGAGCCCAUCAACUACACCGGAGCUUCCCCAACAAACCAUCAUCAACACUCGCCCUCCAGCCCCACCUUCAGAGAUCCUCGUCCCUUUGGCACCAACACUCUUUCCCAACCACCCCAUCCGCAAGCGAAUAAAAGCAGAAGUCUUCCCGGAGAUAUACGGCAAGAUCAUACUGCAGUCCCGCACACCGUCUGUGCCGAUAAAUCUAGCCGUGCUGAUGAAAGCUCUGAUCCAAGGUUGGAAAGACGAUGGCGAGUGGCCGCCAAAGCAAGGGCCGGUGGAGAAGAGUAUCGGGCGGAAGAAGAGUAGUGGGCAUGAGUCGAGUCUGAAGAGUGGCGUAAAGGCGAUGGGGAGGGUUUUAAGGAUUACCGGUGGUGAGAGCAGCGUUGGUGGCGGCAAGGAGAAGGGGUGA